CUGGCAGCCCUGCGGCGCCACGAUCCUUACAUCAGUCGCAUCGUGGACGUGGCCAGCCAGGUGGCUCUGUACACUUUUGUUCAUCGGGCCAACGAGUGGGACAUGGCAGUGAACUCAAGAGGCAGCGAAGGGUGAUGAGAUCCAGAUAACAGUUUCUUCGACAGCUUGCUGGGCAUGAAGUUUGGUGGAUGGAGGAGAAGGCGCACACCCACCAUCUCUUUCUGAUGAGAUCUGGGGCACACUUUCUCUCUUCCAGCCAGGAGAAGACUGGUGUGGAAGGAACCUUAUUUGUUUAUACAAGGUCUGCCUCUCCAAAGCAUGGAUUCACCAUUAUGAAUAGGCUCAGCAUGGAGAACAGAACAGAACCCAUUACUAAAGACCUAGACUUCCAGCUCCAGGACCCUUUCCUCCUCUACAGAAAUGGCACACUGUCCAUUUAUGGAAUUUGGUUUUAUGAUAAGGAAGAGUGCCAGAGAAUUGCAAAACUAAUGAAAAACCUCACUCAGUGCGAGCAGCUGAAAGCCUGUCACGGAGCUGGAUCCUCCCCAGUGGCCCUGGGGUCAGGAGAGGGUCGAGAAGUCGAUAUCCUGCAGAUGCUCACCAAGGCCAAGGAUGAGUACACCAAGUGUAAGACCUGUUCUGAGCCAAAACAGAUGACCAGUUCUUCUGCCAUCUGUGACAACCCUAAACUUAUCAAACCUGUCCCUGUGAGACCCAGCAGCAGCCAGAGGCUGCAAGAACCCAUGUCCAGCAAGACCUUGGACCCAGAGCCCCAGCACUUAUCGUUGACAGCGCUAUUUGGGAAACAAGACGGAGCUCCUUGUCAGGAAACCAUGAGACCAGCCCGGACCUUUGCGCACCACCAUCACCACCAUCACCAUCACCAGCAGCAGCAGCAGCAGCAAGAGGCGCUUCUAGUUCCUCACGGGGUUGCAUGCUCCCUGCCCUGUGAGGAGCCCAGGAAGCUCUCACUCCCAGUGGAGAAGCAGCUGUGCCCAGCCAUUCAGAAACUCAUGGUCGGGAGCAUGGGGCUGCACCGCCCGGCACAGCACCCUGAACAGUGGCCCUGCGAAAGUGGCAGCCUGAGUCCUGCAGGGGGAAUUCCUCCUGGUCCUGCCCAGCUGUGGUCCCCCUGGAAUGGUAGGGCUGUGUACUGCACACAGAGCCCUUGCAGAAGCCACAAGCUAUUAGAGCAGCUUCAAGGUGUCCCUGGGGCAGUGCAUAAGUGUAACCCCUGUGUGACUGCCAGUCCGGCUGUGGCCGCUCGGGUGGCUCCGGGCCCGAGUGUGGCCCAGUCACAGCUGGUGUAUUUCGGCGGCCCCCUUCCACCUCCCGCACCAGGGCCUCAAGCUCUCAGGAAGGAGCAGGGCACACUGCCAGCACACACGCUGUCAGUCUCUGGCAGCCAGGAGAGCAGCCCCACUGUGCUCCCUACCCAGGAGCUGCUAAGAAAGCUCCAGGUAGUGCAACAGGAGCAGCAGGCAGCCCCCCGGCCAGCCUUGGCAGCCAAGUUCCCUGUGUCAGCCCAGGGAUCAGGGACAGAAAAGCCCUUGGAAGCCUGGGUCAGCAAGACAGCCAGCAUGGAGAAGCAGGCUCCUCUUCUGCAGUCUACCUGUGCCCCACUGAGGGAGACAGAUAAGGGGCUCAUGGCCCUAGGAGGCCAAGAACUUCCUGCUGCCCCCUCCAGCCUCCUUCUGCCCCUGCAGAACUGGGACUCCUCCUCCGUGGCCAGCAGGCCUCUCACCAGGCUGCAGCUCCAGGAAGCACUGCUGAACCUCGUCCAGAAUGAUGACAACUUCUUAAGCAUAAUCUAUGAAGCCUAUCUCUUCAGUGUGACACAAGCAGCCAUGAGAAAAGCCACGUAACCAGCUACAUGAAAACAAAGACUGAGAACUGAUUUUCCAGGUUCUUCAUGUGAACUGGUGUGACCAAACACAUUUAUGCCUUUUUAACAAAGUAUAGUGAUACAGAGUAAAAUGUUUUGUACUGUC